GCAUGGGGCUGUCCCCCCUACUGCAGCGUGCAUCUAGCAUUGGGGUCCUGUCCCUGCUGCUGGGGCUUCCCCUGAUGACGUCAGAGACCGCUUUACCCAUUGGCUGCCUGUGUUUCCCAGCAUGCCCUGUGGUGGGGGUGUGGUCUGAGGAAGUAGCAGGCAGCUGCCUGGGGGUGAGUGGGGAGGGAGGGCCACCUUACCCACCCCCUCCGGAUUACCCCCCUUGCUGGGGCUGUGAACAGGUCCUGAGAGCGUUUGUGGUUGAAGUCGACGCAGGCAGGCAAACUUCUUUGGGUGGAUGUGAUCCCUUUUAAUAGACUGAGUAGUUGGAAAAAAGUUAUUUGCAAGCUUUUGGGCACAAUCAUCCUCUUUCAGGCACAGGGAGUCUCUGCUGCUCUGAGAUCUCCAAGGAAUGAACAAAGCUAAAAGCGUGACAGGAGGGACCGGGAUGGAGGUGCGGGGCCGGCAGCUGCGCGUGGCAGUGGUGGGGGCAGGGGCAGCGGGGCUCUGCGCUGCUCGGCACUUGGCUGCCCGCCCUGAGGCCUUUGCGCCCCCUGUGGUCUUUGAGGCCUCAGCCCAGCUGGGUGGCACCUGGGUCUACAGCGAGGAGAGGCCAUUUGGCAAGGGGCCGCCCCUGCCCUGCAACAUGUACCGGGACCUCAGGACCAACCUGCCCAAGGAGGCCAUGGCUUUCCCUGACUUCCCUUUUGAGGUGGCGCUGCCCUCAUUCCUGCCCCGUGCCGCGGUGCUGAGCUACCUGGAGCGUUACACCGAGAGCCACGGGCUGCGGGGGUACAUCCGGUUCCAGCGCUUGGUGAAGCAAGUGACCCCUGUGGAUGGCCCUGAGAGUGGCUGGGACGUCACCUCCAGCCAGGCCACAGGCGGGGGAGAGCAGGAGACUGAGCGCUUCGAUGCCAUCAUGGUCUGCAGCGGGCACUACUCCACGCCCUUCAUCCCCUCCAUCUCUGGCUUGGAGACCUUCACAGGUCAGGUGCUGCACAGCCGUGACUACCGAUGCCCUGAGCCCUUUGCGGGUCACUCGGUGGUGCUGGUAGGCGCUGGUCCCUCAGGCGUGGACCUGGCCCAGCAGUUGGCACCCCUGGCACGAUGCGUGACACUGAGCCAUAGCCGGGUUCGGGUGCGGGGGCUGCCAGCCAGUGUGGGGCAGGCAGCGCCAGUGACGAGUGUGGCAGGGCCCUUGGUGCGCUUUGCAGAUGGGGCUGUGCAGGUGGCUGACACACUGGUGUUGUGCACAGGCUAUGCCUACCGCCUGCCCUUCCUGCCUGCUGCCCGCUUGGGCCUGUGCGUGGGGGACCACCUGGUGGCUCCACUCUACCGCCACCUCCUGCCGCCCCAGCACCCGUGCUUCUUCCUGGUGGGGCUGUGCCAGCAGAUCUGCCCCUUCCCGCACUUCCACGUCCAGGUGCUCUUCUGCCUGGCUGUGCUCACGGGUACCUGCCUGCUGCCCCCUGCCCCCGAGCGGCAGGUGGCAGCUGAGGAAGAGCUGCGGGUUUACCUGGCUGCUGGGGGUUCCCCCCGGCACUUCCACCGCCUGGGCGUGCGGCAGUGGGGCUACCUGCAGGAGCUGGCACAGCUCGGGGGGUUUCCACCACUGCCCCCCGUCAUCCAGAAGAUUUAUGAUGAUACGCGGGAGCGCCGCACCCAGGACGUUGGCAGCUACCGUGACUGCAAUUACCGCGUGCUUGGUGCUGAGGAGUGGGAGCUGGUGGGGUGAGGAGCUCUGGCUCCCAUGGGGCUGGGCAGGGAGUGGAGAUGGUGUCUCUUGGAGGGGCGAUGGCGGGGGGUCCUGCCCCAGCACUGCUGGGGAAAUGGGGGACACGGGCCCAGGGUGGUGCUGGGUGCUGGCUUGCCCGCAGGACCGAGCCCCAGGUUGAGUGCACCUGGUGAGGUAGACCCAGCCCCUGCAGCGAGUCCCUGCACUGCACAGGCACAGCCCUGCUCAGGUUCCUGCACUAACCUGGAUAAUGUCCCCAGGAAUGUCCUCCCCCACCCUGUCUGGAAAUAACAUGUCUUUUACAGGGAAAAACACUUUUUUGGAGACUUGCAAUAAAGUGAUGGUACAUCCA